AUGUCCAACGAGAACAUUUUGUUUCAAGAUAUCUUUGAUAUCAGAGAUAUGGACCCUCAAGGAAAGCGAUUUGAUAGAGUUUCACGUCUUGUAGCACGUUCUGAAAAUUAUGAGAUGGAUUUAACAUUAGAUUUUAAUGUUGAAAUUUACCCCUUGAAGGUUGGAGAAAAGUUUUCAUUAGUCUUGGCAUCUUCACUUUCACUUGAACCUAAAGCAACUACAACAGAAGGAGUUGAAAAGAAAGAAAGCUGGCGUGAACGUGCACCAGGAGAACGUGAUUUAAGUGAUGAAUAUGAAUAUGUUAUGUUUGGUAAAGUUUAUAGAUAUGAAGAUUCUAAUAAGGGAGCUGCAGCUGGACAACAAGUGUAA